AUGUUACCUCCAAUAAUAUUCUCUGGAGGAUACACCUUACAGAAUAAGAAUUUUUUUUCUAAUUUUGGUUAUAUAUCUCUCUAUGCUAUUUUUGGUACUUUAAUAGGUUUUGCGGUAAUCCUGUUAUUGACAAUAGCAUUCCUUAACUAAGGUAUGAUUACAGAUUUGAAUAAUAAUACAAUCAACCUCACUGCUAAAGACAUUUUAUAUUUUAGUGCUACUAUGUGUUCUUCUGACACUAUUGCUGCCCUAGCUUUGAUAAGCAGCAAAACAUAUCCUAAGCUUUUUAGUGUAGUUGUUGGUGAAGGCUUGCUUAACGAUGCUGUUUCGCUUAUUUUAUUUAAUUCGAUUAGUAAAAUUGUGAAUUCUAAUGGUGAAGCAUAGCUUUCAUCUACAACUUUUUGGAGUUUAAUUUUCUACUUUAUCAAGAGUUUAGUAUUAUCUAUUUUAAUAGGAAUUUUUGUUGGGUUAUUUGCUACAUACAUAACAAAAGUAUAUCGUCCUUUAAUGUAAGAUCCUGUAAAAGUAAAUAUAUUUUUGCUAGCUAUUGGCUAUAUGUCAUACUGUUUAGGAGAAAUAGCUGGUGUUUCAAGUGUUAUUUCAAUGUUGGGUUCUGGUAUUGUUAUGAAUCAUUACAUGAAGCAUAAUAUGGAGGAAGAAAGUCUUAAAACGACAACUGUGACAAUUAGCACUAUCUCUUCUAUAACAGAAUCAAUUUUAUUUAUUUAUCUGGGACUUUCUUCUUGGAGUUACAUUGGAGAUAAAUCAAAGAUUUCUUACUCGUUUAUAUUACUAGGCUUUUUAAUGACUUUAAUUGCCCGUUUCGGAUGUAUAUAUAUUACAUCUUUGAUUGCAAAAACAAUUAUGAAAAUAAAAUGGGGAUUAAAUAAAUAUGAAUUGUUAAUAAUUUGGUUUUCUGGGUUAAUUAGAGGUGCAGUUGCAUUCGCAUUAAUUAUAAAUGUCGAAAAUUAACUAAAUCCUGUGGUUACUAGCACUGUUUUAUUCAUAGUAUUCUUCACUACUAUAUUACUUGGAGGUUUUAUGUAGUCGUUUAUAAAAAAGACUACUCAAACUAUGGAGAAUUCCUUAAAAGUCAAAGAAAAUAAUUUAGUUUUAUUAGGAAUCGAAAUAGAAAAAAGGAAAUUAAAAACUGUGUACAAUGCUUCAAUAUUUAGGCUCUUAGAAGAUGGUUUUCUAAAGUCUAAAUUUAUAUUUGAUUAUCCUAAUAAGUAAAAAAUUUUUAAAGAAGAAAAGAAGAAAAGACUUCAAUAAAGAAUAGAAGAAUAUAAUCAAUUAAAACUGUCAAUUUAGUAAUACAAGUAAUAAAAUGAAAUAGUAAAAAGCAAUUAAAAUAAUUUAGAUUAGUCAUUAUAAAAUGGCAUAAACAAUUUAAUGUUAACAUAGGCGAAGGAAUGUGGACAAAAUUAUAACGUUGAAUUUGCCGAUAAUUAUAAAAUAUCUACUACUGAUACUUAAAACAAACAAGAAAUAGAUUAAUAUUAGAUAGAAAACAAGCUAUGA